AUGGGGGCAGGGCCAGACAUGAUAAAUAAGCCCACCGUGGGUUCCUGGGACACUCCAUCCACGGGACACCGCGCAAAGAAGAGAAGAGACCUCGCUGAUCUGUGCCAGAAUGAAAAACACAGACUUCCUAACAGCCCAAGGCUGCUCUCACUGCUGUUGGAGACAGACAGGAUGUGGCUGACAAAUGUUGUAGCUGUGUGCCUUCUGGGCCUUGUGUCCUCUGCUGAGGACAAGAAACUGAGCAGCUAUGCAACCACGCUGGCUGAUAACAGUGCCAACCUUGCCUUCAGCCUGUACCACAAUAUGGCAAAGGAGAAAGGGGUUGAAAACAUCCUGAUCUCGCCGCUGGUGGUGGCCUCUUCUUUGGGUCUGGUGGCUCUGGGAGGAAAAGCAUCCACAGCGUCUCAGGUUAAAACUGUCCUGAGUGCAGACAAGCUGAAGGACGAGCACCUACACAGCGGCCUGUCAGAGCUGCUGUCUGAGGUGAGCGAUGCCAAAGCCCGUAACACCACCUGGAAGAUCAACAACAGGCUGUACGGACCAAGCUCAGUCUCCUUUGUCGAUGACUUUGUAAAGAGCAGCAAGAAACACUACAACUACGACCACUCAAAGAUCAACUUCAGGGACAAGAGGAGCACCCUGAACUCCAUCAACGAGUGGGGUGCCAAGUCCACAGACGGGAAGCUGCCUGAGAUCACCAAAGACGUGCAGAACGCAGACGGAGCCAUGAUUGUUAAUGCCAUGUUCUUCAAACCGCACUGGCAUGAGAAGUUCCAUGAGAAGAUGGUGGACAACCGUGGUUUCCUUGUCACUCGUUCAUUCACAGUUUCUGUUCCAAUGAUGCAUCGCACUGGCCUGUAUGACUUCUAUGAAGACACAGAGAACAAGCUGUUUGUGCUGAACAUGCCUUUGGGACAGAAGCAGGCCUCCAUGAUCUACAUUAUGCCCUAUCACCUGGAGCCACUGGAUCGACUGGAGAAGCUGCUGACCAGAAAACAGGUGGACACUUGGCUCAGUAAGAUGGAAAACAGAGCCGUGGCCAUUUCGCUGCCCAAAACCUCCCUGGAAGUCAGCCACAACCUGCAGAAACAUCUGGCUGAUCUGGGUCUGACUGAGGCUGUGGACAAAUCCAAAGCAGAUCUGUCCAACAUCUCGGGGAAGAAGGACCUGUAUCUCUCCAACGUCUUCCACGCUUCGGCCUUUGAGUUCGACGUGGCUGGAAACCCCUUUGACGCCAGCAUCUUUGGCAGUGACAAGUUGAGAAAUCCCAAACUUUUCUACGCAGACCACCCUUUUAUUUUCCUCAUUAAAGACAACAAGACCAACUCAAUCUUGUACAUCGGAAGAGUAGUUAAACCAAAGGGAGACAAGAUGCGUGAUGAGCUAUAA